AUGGCGUCCCACAACUUUGAGGCCAUGGCCGCGAAGCUUGACGAUCCGAAUUCUGGUACACCACACCUCUCCCAGCGCACACAUCUGCGAACGAAAGGAACGCAAGCAAUCGACAUACGGGACAACAUCGAGAGUUACUGUCAAGGCCCGCAGUAUGCUGUCUUCUUGACCCAUCUUGUGCCAGUCUUCCUCAAGAUCCUCGAUGGCAACCCAGUCUUCAUAUCAACUUCUCCGGAACAGGUUCAGCGGAUACGGAAUUGCGUCCUCGAGAUCAUCCACCGACUUCCUAUGAACCCAAUUGAUGCGCUCGAACCGCACGCGGCGAAGAUCACAGACAAGCUAGUGGGUUUAGUCAAGCUGGAGAACGAGGAUAACGCGGUGCUUUGCAUGAAGAUUAUCAUGGACUUCCUUCGACACCAGACGAAAGCCCUUGCCGACCGGGUGCAGCCCUUCCUGGACCUUAUUCAAGAGAUGUUCGAGACCAUGGAGCAGGCAGUGCACGACACAUUCGACAGCGGAAAUCCCGCACCGACAUCGCAGGGCGUUCCCUCGACACCCGGAAAUCACCAAUUCUCGCAAUCGCCACGACCGAGUUCACCAGCGACCGCCCUCACGUCCGGUUCGGCAGGCGAUCUGGGCUCGGAGCAUCAGCAGACGCGCAUGCUGCUGAAGGGCAUGCAGUCAUUCAAAGUCCUUGCCGAGUGUCCAAUCAUCGUCGUCUCUCUGUUUCAGGCGUAUAGGAACUGUGUGAACAAGAACGUCAAACUCUUUGUUCCACUCAUCAAGAACGUGCUGUUGCUUCAGGCAAAACCACAAGAGAAGGCACACGAGGAUGCCAAGGCACAAGGCAAGGUCUUCACUGGCGUCAGCAAGGAGAUUCGUAACCGGGCCGCGUUUGGAGACUUCAUCACAGCACAAGUCAAGACCAUGAGCUUUCUAGCAUACCUGCUCCGAGUGUAUGCGCACCAGCUCAACGAUUUUCUGCCGACCCUCCCGGAUAUCGUUGUGCGUUUGCUCAAGGACUGCCCUCGCGAAAAGUCGGGUGCGAGGAAAGAGCUUUUGGUGGCUAUUAGGCAUAUCAUCAACUUCAACUUCCGCAAGAUUUUCCUCAAGAAGAUCGACGAGCUGUUGGACGAGCGCACUUUGAUUGGCGAUGGACUCACAGUGUACGAGACGAUGCGACCUCUGGCAUACAGCAUGCUGGCGGAUCUAAUUCACCACUUGCGUGAAUCUUUAUCGAAGGAACAGAUUCGUCGCACCGUUGAAGUAUACACCAAGAACCUGCACGACACAUUUCCAGGCACGAGUUUCCAGACUAUGAGUGCAAAGCUCCUCCUUAACAUGGCCGAGUGCAUCGCAAAGCUCGAGCCCAAGGAGGACGCUCGAUACUUUCUGAUCAUGAUCCUUAAUGCGAUAGGGGACAAAUUUGCUGCGAUGAACCGUCAGUACCACAACGCUGUCAAGCUCUCCGCACAGUAUAGCCAACCCUCGAUCGACGCUGUGGAGGAGAACCACAUGGCUGUACAAGAGCAGCCUCCGGACUGGGAUGAGAUCGACAUCUUCAAUGCGACACCCAUCAAGACGUCGAAUCCAAGAGAUAGAAGCUCCGACCCAAUUGCCGACAACAAAUUCCUCUUCAAGAAUCUGCUACAUGGUCUCAAGAAUCUUUUCUACCAGUUGAGGGCUUGCAAUCCAGCAAAAAUAAAAGACGAAAUUGACGUAGCGAACGCAUCAGCAAAUUGGCACGAGGUUUCCUUUGGCUACAAUGCGGAAGAGGUCGAAGUUCUGAUCAAGCUCUUCCGGGAAGGUGCGAAGGUGUUCCGCUACUACGGCACCGACAAGAGUCCAGAAUCGCAGGGCUUGACGCCCGGUGACUACAUGGGCAACCAACACAUGAUGUCAAGCGGCAAAGAAGAGAAGGAUCUACUCGAGACUUUUGCGACAGUCUUCCACCACAUCGAUCCGGCUACGUUCCACGAAGUUUUUUCCUCCGAGAUACCCCAUUUGUACGAUAUGAUGUUCGAUCAUCCCGCGUUGUUGCAUGUCCCGCAAUUCCUUCUGGCUUCGGAAGCCACGUCACCAGCGUUCUCCGGAAUGUUGUUACAAUUCCUCAUGGAUCGCAUUGAAGAAGUUGGCACUGCAGAUGUGAAGAAGUCUUCAAUCCUGUUACGAUUAUUCAAGCUGUCUUUCAUGGCGGUGACACUUUUCUCGGCGCAGAAUGAGCAAGUUUUGCUGCCACACGUCAGCAAGAUCAUCACAAAGUCGAUACAACUGUCUACUACUGCAGAGGAGCCGAUGAACUACUUCCUGCUUCUGAGGUCACUCUUUCGCAGCAUAGGAGGUGGACGAUUUGAGCAUCUCUAUAAGGAAAUUCUACCUCUACUCGAGAUGUUGCUGGAUGUUCUCAACAACCUUCUUCUGACAGCACGCAAACCAGCCGAGCGAGACCUCUUCGUUGAGUUGUCUCUCACCGUGCCCGCACGCCUGAGCAAUCUUCUUCCUCACCUGAGCUACCUCAUGAGGCCUCUUGUUGUUGCACUACGAGCAGGAUCUGAUCUUGUUGGCCAAGGCUUGCGGACGUUAGAGCUCUGUGUUGACAACCUUACCGCAGACUACCUUGACCCAAUCAUGGCGCCCGUCAUAGAUGAGCUUAUGGCCGCUCUAUGGGAACAUCUCAAGCCCAAUCCAUACAGCCAUUUUCAUGCCCACACGACAAUGCGCAUACUCGGCAAGCUUGGUGGCCGCAACCGAAAGUUCAUCACGGGGCCUCCUGAGCUAGACUUCAAGCCCUACUCUGAUGACCAGUCAUCUAUCGAUAUCCGGCUGAUUGGCUCUACCAAAGAUCGGGCAUUUCCCGCUGCCAUCGGUAUCGACACUGCGAUUGCGAAGCUACAUGAGGUACCGAAGCUACCUGCAGCAAAGAAAUCGGAUGUCUUCCACAAGCAACAAGCAUUCAGACUCAUUACCGCGCAUACGAAACUGAUGGUUGGCUUUGACACCUUGCCAGAUGAUUUUGCUCAACUCGUGCGACUACAGGCGACAGACUUAUGCGCGAAGAAAUUCGACCUCGGGGCUGAUAUCCUGACUGCGAUGGAGCGAGACAAGUCAAUCGUCAAGAAGGGUGUCGAAGGAGAGACAUUGAAGAAGCUGCUCAAGGCAUGCAUUUUCGCUGUGUCAAUAUCGGAUCUCAAACAAGAUGCGGAAGCCUUUGUCACCCAUUUAGCGAAGCACUUCACAUUCCUCGAGCUCGGUACCCAAUUCGCGACAUUGAAGCACAAGAACAAGCCGUUUGAUGUGCACUCUGGUGAAGGACCGGUCGUCAUUGAAAGCGAAGUGAUAUCAGAGGCAAUUGGUGAGUCUCUGGCAUCAGAACAUACCGCAGUUCGAGAAGCAGCGGAGCAGGCCAUCAUCACAAUUCGAGACUCUGUGAAGGCCAUAUUCGGAGGCGACAAAGACCUGGACAAGUUUGCGUUCUUCAACGAGCUCUCCAGCACAUUCUGCCACAACUGCCACGCUGACGAUUGGUUCAUGAAGUCUGGCGGUACUAAGGGCAUCGAGAUCAUGAUCAAACAGCUAGGACUCCCUCAAACCUGGAUGGUUGCACGUCACUUCGAGCUCAUUCGGGCGCUCAAUUUCGUCAUGAAGGAUAUGCCUAUCGAUUUGGACUCAAAAACACGUAAACAAGCAGAAGGACUCAUUGAAGACCUCAUCCGCCGAUGCCACAAGAAGACCACAAAAGAAGACUUCGAAAAGCCCAAUAGCAUCACCCUACGACUGUGUGGACAGCUAGUCGGCGAUCUCUCACACAUGAACAAGAGCGUGCGAGAAGCGACACAGCAAGCAUUCCAUGUGCUGUCCGAUGUCACAGGACUGGGGGUUCACGAGCUUAUAAUGCCGGUCAAGGAUAGACUCGUCGUGCCCAUCUGGACGAAGCCACUGAGAGCGCUGCCUUUCAGCAUCCAGAUCGCCUACAUUGACGCCAUAACCUUCUGUCUGAAGCUAAAGAACAACAUCCUCGAUUUCAACGAUCAGCUGACUAGACUUCUGAUGGAAUCGCUAGCUCUCGCAGAUGCUGAGGAUGAGGGACUUGCAAGCAAACCGUUCGAGCAACGCAAUGCUGAACAUAUCAUCAACUUGAGGGUCGCGUGCAUUCGUCUACUGUCAACCGCUCAAAGCUUUCCCGAUUUUAGUACAACACCACCCAAUCAGACUUUCCUCCGCAUCAUUGCAGUCUUCUUCAAGUGUCUCUACUCGAAGUCACCUGAGGUCAUCGACGCCGCCAACAUUGGUCUUUCAGGUGUCAUAUCGGCGACGAAUAAGCUCCCCAAGGAUGUACUCCAGAGCGGUCUGCGGCCAAUCCUGGUUAACCUCCAGGAUCCUCGGAAACUAUCUGUCGAAAACCUAGAUGGUCUGGCACGACUACUGAAGCUCCUUACCAACUACUUCAAAGUGGAGAUUGGUACUCGUCUGCUUGACCAUCUCAAGAGCAUUGCGGACUCCAACAGCUUGCAGAAGACUUCAUUCAAGAUGAUUGAGCAGGACCCCAAGAUGAAGAUUGUCACUGGCAUCUUCAACAUCUUCCACUUGCUACCACCUGCGGCCGCCACCUUCCUUAAGCAGAUCAUCGAGAAGGUCAUUGAGCUGGAGACUGCGCUUAGGAGAACGCAUUACAGUCCUUUCCGGGAGCCCUUGAUCAAGUAUCUCUGCAUGUACCCUAAGGAAGCUUGGGAGUACUUUGCCCCGAACCUCAAGGAUCAGACGCAGGGCCGCUUCUUUGCUCAGCUACUCGAGAACGAAGCAAGCGGCAUUUUGAGGAAGCAAGUUAUGGAAGACGUGCCCGGCUUCUUGGGUGCUAUCGAUUUCGAAGGGACCGACAAAGAGAAGUGCCAAGCUCAACUCAACGCCAUUCACAUUGCAUAUGCCAUGAGUCGCUUCGAAGAGUCGAACAAAUGGCUGGCAACCAACGAUGAUCUCCGAAAGGGUCUCUUUGAGGCAGCAAAGUCUCUGGAAAAGAACCUUCGGGCCAAUACCAUCGACCCAGAACUACGUCUCGCAACAGAGCAAGCUGGCGAUCAAAUUAUGAUUGUGUUCACUACCUAUUUGCAGCACGAGCCGAACAGUCUGGAUUUCUUCUUUGAGCUUAUCGACGCAAUCACAUCAGAGGAGCUGAAGGCUUCUCCGCGUCUGUACGACUUCAUCUACGAGCAGAUUGUGUCUAGCGACUCAGUAGAGUACUGGAAGACUCUCAUCAACAAGUGCAUCGACAUGUACACCUCUCGCAACUCUUCGCAGAAGACCAAGACGUUCCUCUUUCGAUACAUCGUCAACCCAAUCUUCGCCAUGGAUGUAAAACGCAACUGGGAUAGCCUGUUUGAUCAGAAGGCGAAGGGCACUGCAUUGAUGGAUCGUAGCAUGACCGAGACGAUCCACAACCGCUUAUGGAAACCACAGUCUCUGACAGACACCUCGGAGGAGACAGCGCAGCUGGGAGUCGACCAUUCCCGAAUGGAGCUUCUCCAAUUGACGACUCUGCUUCUGAAGCACUACUCGGGCAUGAUCCAGGAGGCGCGCAAGGAUGUUAUCAAAUUCGCUUGGAACUACAUCAAGCUCGAAGACAUCAUCAACAAGUACGCAGCUUACGUGCUCAUUGCCUUCUUUAUCGCUGUCUUCGAUACUCCAAUGAAGAUUGCCAUUCAGGUCUACCAAGCUCUUCUCAAGGCGCAUCAGAACGAAGGCCGAUCACUGGUUAUGCAAGCGCUCGAGCUCAUGGCUCCGGUCUUGAAGAAGCGGAUGAGUGGAGGCGACCCCAAAAUGCCUCGAUGGAUUCAGUAUCCCCGCAAGGUUCUCUCUGAGGAGAGCUCGAAUUUGCAGCAACUGAUGAGCAUAUUCCAGUUCAUUGUUCGGCAUCCUGACCUAUUCUACGAAGGCCGAGAGCACUUGUCGAGCAUCAUCAUUACAUCUCUCAGCAAGAUCGCCCAACCACCGAACCCCUCUACUGAUGCUAAGAAGUUGGCGCUGAAUCUUAUCAGCCUCAUCAGGACUUGGGAAGAGCGUACAGCGAGUGAGUCCGGCUCAACGGACAACGCUGUAGAAUCACCAUCUUCUGCAAAGAGGAGAGUAGAUGGGACUAUUGUUCCGCCGGGUCCGCUGCCAAAGGGGUUCGUUGCAUCGCCUGCCGUUCGAAUGAUGCUGGUCAAGUAUCUCAUUCAAUUUAUCGCCUAUCUGCCAGAGCGGUACCCAGUUGCCUCGCCGAAGCCAAAAGAUCCGGCUACCGUCACACCUGCGGCGCCACCCGCAGAAAUCUGCAGGAAGGCUGUACAGCUCUUGCACGAUUUGCUCUCGCCACGACUCUGGAACGAUCUGGAUCUUGAUCUCAUGCUUAGCAAGAAGAUCGAAGAAAUUCUACUCACCGAAGCGAAGCAGGAUGAUAAACCUGAGCAGUUCCAUACCCGCAUGAUCAACACCCUUCAGAUUGUGAAAGUCAUUGUCAACGUCCGAUCUGACGAGUGGGUUCUGCAACGCAUUCCGCAGUUCCAGAAAAUCCUUGAGAAGCCAAUUCGCUCCGAGAAUGCGGAUGUUCAAGCUAGCUUGCAUGCUGUUGAUGAGCCCGAGGAUGGCCAUAGGAAGCUGCAACCGACGCUGAAGCGCAUCCUAGAGGUGAUGCCCGACCCUGUCACUGACGACGAUGGCAAUACAGAAGAGUCGCCGUCGACUGACUUCGUUAACUUCAUCGGUGCCAUCGCAACUGAAGCCCUUUCCAACGGCUCAUACAUUUGCGCCAUCAACAUUCUCUGGACUUUGUGCCAGAAGCGACCGGAAGAGAUUGAUCAACACAUCCCACAGAUCAUGAAGGCAUUCCAGGGCAAGAUGGCUAAGGACCAUCUAGCUGGUCAGAGUGGUAUACCUGGACAGCCUGUGCCGCCUGCAAUGCGACCCGACGGACCCCUGCCUCCAACAGAUCCCCGUGAGGUGGAGAUCCAGACCGAUCUUGUCCUCAAGACGGUGGACAUCCUUGCGGCACGCAUGGCCGAGCUCCAAGACAAUCGAAGGCCAUAUCUGAGUGUCUUAGCGUCGCUCGUGGAACGAUCCCAGGUCAACUCAGUCUGCAUGAAGGUUUUGGACCUGGUCGAAGACUGGAUCUUUCACUCAUCCGACGUUGUACCGACGUUGAAGGAAAAGACAGCUGUUCUCAGCAAGAUGCUGCUGUUUGAGCACAAAUCGGACACGUCGCUUCUCACCCGCUUCCUGGACCUGGUCAUUCGAAUUUACGAAGAUCCAAAGAUUAUGAGAUCAGAACUCACUGUUCGUAUGGAGCAUGCGUUCCUGAUCGGUACGCGUGCCCAGGAUGUUGAGAUGCGCAACCGAUAUAUGACCAUUUUCGACAAGAGUUUGAGUCGAACUGCGGCUAGUAGGCUCAGUUAUGUUCUCGCAAGUCAGAAUUGGGAUACGCUGUCUGACAGCUACUGGCUGAACCAAGUCAUUCACCUGAUGUUUGGUUCAGUGGAGAUGAACACACCAGCUCAGCUUCAUUCCGAAGACUUCAAGUUGAUGAAGCCUACCAUGUUCUUCAGUACCUACAGCAAGGAUGCUAGAAUUCAAGACGUCAUCGUGGAUGACGAUCUCGAGAACCUGGUCAACGGUCAUCGUAGCUUCUGCACUCAGCUCGCCGAUGUCAAGAUCAAGGACAUUUUUGAGCCGCUCGGACAUCUUCAGCACACCGAUAGCGUCCUGGCGCACGAUAUCUGGAUCGCCUUUUUCCCACUUGCCUGGACUGCGUUGACCAAGGAUGACCAGAGUGACUUGGAGAAGGGUAUGGCAGCACUGCUUACCAAGGACUACCACCACCGCCAGAUCGACAAGCGACCCAACUGUGUGUCAACUAUGCUGGAUGCCGUCGUACAUGCUCGUCCGCGAGUCAAGUUCCCGCCUCACAUCAUGAAAUACUUGGCUCAGACCUACAACGCAUGGUAUACCGCUGCUGUGUACAUGGAAGACUCUGCCAUUUCGCCUGUCGUGGAUGUGGAAAAGCUGAGGGAGAGUAAUCUCGAUGCUUUGCUAGAGAUCUACAGCGGUCUCCAAGAGGAUGAUUUGUUCUACGGCACCUGGCGACGGCGUUGCCAGUUCAUUGAGAGCAAUGCAGCGCUCUCAUACGAGCAGUGCGGCAUUUGGGACAAGGCUCAGCAGAUGUACGAAGCUGCGCAGAUCAAGGCUAGAACUUCAGUGCUGCCGUUCUCUUCGGGAGAGUACAUGCUCUGGGAAGAUCACUGGGUCAUCUGCGCACAGAAGCUGCAACAGUGGGAGAUUCUGAGCGACUUUGCGAAGCAUGAGAACUUCAACGAUCUCUAUCUGGAGUCUACCUGGCGUGUCUUCGAUGCAUGGCAGAAUGCAGAGACACGGGAACAGCUUGAUGCGACUAUCAAGGCUGUCAGCGAUGCCCCGACACCACGAAGAGUCUUCUUCCAAACGUUCAUGUCGCUGCUCAAGCUGCACAACAAGCAAGAGUCGACACCGGAGUUUCAUCGAUUGUGCGAUGAGUCUAUUCAGCUUUCGAUCAGGAAGUGGCACCAGCUUCCGCGACGCAUCACCCAAGCACACAUUCCAUUGCUCCAGCAUUUCCAGCAACUGGUCGAACUGCACGAUGCUAGUGUCAUUUGCCAGAGCCUUGCAUCCACAACACAAGCCAAUCUUGACCUCAAGUCUCAGGAGCUCAAGCUGUUACUUAGUACAUGGCGCGACCGACUACCUAACUUCUGGGACGACAUCAAUGCUUGGCAGGAUCUCGUUACGUGGCGCCAGCAUAUCUUCCAGCUCAUCAACGGAGUGUAUCUUGCUCUGCUACCACCGAAUCAGAACAAUGCCAGCGGCAACUCUUUCGCUUACCGCGGAUACCAUGAGACUGCCUGGAUCAUCAAUCGCUUUGCACAUGUUGCACGCAAGCACAACCUUCCGGAAGUGUGCAUCAAUCAGCUCGGUCGCAUCUACACGCUGCCCAACAUUGAAAUCCAAGAAGCUUUCCUCAAGCUGCGUGAGCAGGCCAAGUGUCACUACCAGAUCCGAGCGGACCUCAACAGUGGAUUGGAUGUUAUCAACAAUACCAAUCUCAACUACUUUGGACCGCAGCAGAAGGCAGAGUUCUACACGCUCAAGGGCAUGUUCCUUGCCAAGCUUGGCCAGAAGAACGAAGCUGGCGAAGCGUUCGGUACGGCACUGUACUUCGACAUCAAGCUACCGAAGGCAUGGGCUGAGUGGGGUCGCUACAACGAUAUGCUGUUCAAGGAGGAGCCACAGAACUUGGAGCGAGCUGAAGCGGCACUCAGUUGUUACCUCGAAGCUGCGAGUCAGUUCAAGAACGCCAAGUCGAGGAAGCUGCUUGGCCGCGUGUUGUGGUUGCUCAGCUUAGACAACCCCGAGCGCAAGCUGGCUGAGAAGUUCGAAGAGUUCAAGGGCGAUACACCGGCUUGGUACUGGAUCACGUACAUUCCGCAAUUGCUUAACAGCUUGUCGCGGCAGGAAGCACCAAUCGCGCGAUCGAUCCUGGGCAAGCUGGCGAAGACGUAUCCACAGGCGCUGUAUUGCCACCUCCGAACGACACGGGAGGACAUGGUGGUGCUCAAGAAGAACCAUGAACAGCAACAGGCAAAGGAGAAGGCGGCAAAGGCGAAGCAACAAGGCUCGCCGGCUGUGAAGCAGAGCUCGCCAGAAACUCGACCAGGAUCAAGUGGCAACGCGCCCGCGACCGCAAACGGCGACAGCAAGCCUGCCGCCAACGGUACUCCAGGUGGCACUGUCAAGACAGAGGGCGCUCCACAGGGUAGCCCGAGCGCUGCUCCAGCUGCGGCUGAUACUCCCCCCGCGCCCAAGAAGCCAUGGGAUCACGUGGAGGAGAUCAGUGCGAUCCUCAAGACGGCAUUCCCGCUACUGGCACUGUCUAUGGAGACGAUGCUCGACCAGAUCCAGAAGAACUUCAAGUGCCCGCCGGAUGAAGACGCUUAUCGACUCAUCGUUGCUCUGCUCAAUGACGGCUUGUCGUAUGUUGGACGACAACCUAAUCUGUACGCUCGCGAGAUCAAGCUUCCUCAGUCGACAGAAGCCAACAUUACACGUUUCGCCGAGUCUGUGCUGCCACCACACAUCCGAAAGGCGUUUGAGCGCGACUUUGUCACAAACAAACCUACUAUGUACGAGUACAUUCAAAAACUGCGUACGUGGCGGAAUCGAUUCGAGGAGCGCCUUGAUCGGAGGAAGCUCGUCGUCCCGCUUGAGCAGUAUACGCACCAGCUCAGCGAGUUCCGCUUCCUCAAGUUCGACGACGUGGAAGUUCCUGGCCAGUACCUCCAACAUCGUGAUAAGAACAGCGAUUUCGUACGCAUUGAGCGGUUUUUGCCAGAUGUGGAGUUGGUCCGUGGUAUUGGCAUAUGUCAUCGCCGUCUCAAGAUUCGUGGACAUGAUGGUAGCGUUCAUCCAUUCGCUAUCCAGUUCCCGGCAGCGAGAAGCUCGCGUCGUGAAGAGCGAAUUCUGCAGCUGUUCCGUAUUUUCAACGGCAUCUUGGCGAAGAGGAAGGAGUCGAGGAGGCGAAAUCUGCAGUUCCAUCUUCCGCUCAUGGUACCAAUCACGCCGAGUAUCUACGAGGAUUACUGUCGUCAGAAUAAGAUCAACAAGGACGAGCCAGUGCUCUUUUCGAUCGAGAAGUUGAGAGCACUUCAACCGAAAAACGUCGAUCACGCCAACUCCAUCCGCCUCGAAACCUUUGCCGCCAUUCAAGAAAAAUACGUCCCGCCAACCGUCAUGCAAGACUUCUUCCGCGCCACAUUCCCCAACUUCGAAGAUUUCUGGCUCUUCCGACGCACUCUCUCGUACCAGCUCGCCUGCCUCACCUUCAUGACCUAUGUCAUGCACAUGAACACGCGUUUCCCCCAGAAGAUGAGCAUCUCCCGCGCCUCCGGCCGCGUCUGGGGCUCCGAGCUCAUCCCCAGCAUGGCGGUCGGCAAGCCGAUCCUCCACAACUCGGAACCCGUACCCUUCCGCCUAACCCCCAACAUGCAAACCAUGAUGGGCCCACUGAACAUGGAAGGCAUCUUCGCGCCCGCCGUCAUGACCGUCGCGCGCGCCCUGAUCGAACCCGAGGGCGAAUCCGUCAAUCUGGAAAUGCAGCUCAGCAUCUUCAUGCGCGAUGAGAUGAAUCACUGGUUCACGUCGCAGCAUAAAGCGAGUCAACUUACGCCCGAGGUCCUGCGCGAGAGCGUGCAGAGUAAUUCCGAGAUGGUGGUGAAGCGCGCAAGUGCGCUGGGUGGACUGCCUACAGUCAAUAAUUUGCCAGCAAAUCAGACGGUCGUGGAUCUUGUGGCUGUGGCAGUGGAUCCGAAGAAGCUGGCGAGUAUGGAUCCGCUUUGGAUGGGGUAUUUGUGA